AUGGCGACGCCGAAGAAAGCGACCCUCAUUCCCUCAGUGAUGGACCCUCAAAAGAAGGAAACAUUUGGCAACCUCGGUCCAUGGGCAGAGCCGUCGUGGUACAGCUCCCUCGCCUCGCCGUAUUACAACGAAUCACACAAGCGAUUGCGCAAUGCGCUGCGCGCCUACGUUGACGAGGAUAUCAAGCCGUAUAUGCUGGAAUGGGAAGAGAAGGGAGAUGUACCCAAGGAAGCGCGUUUGAAGUGGGCGCGGUCUGGAUUCGCGUUCACGGACGUCCCAGGGCCCUACAGGCCGAGAGACGUACCUGGCCCGGCGGGAAUACCGGUUGCCGAGCUUGAUGUCUUCCACCUUAUGAUCCAGACGGAUGAAAACUGUCGGAUUGAGGGCGGCGUGGGCGGUGCGCUUGGCGGCGGGAGUGUGAUUGGAGUCCCGCCCAUUGUGCAUCAUGGCACAGAGGAGCAGAAGAGGAAGUGGCUACCUGGGCUGUUUACGUGGGAGACGAGUUUCUGUUUGGGCAUUACCGAGCCAAGCGGUGGUUCUGACGUUGCGAACCUCCAAACCACGGCGAAGAAGACGGCCGACGGAAGGUACUACGUCGUCAACGGAUACAAGAAGUGGAUCACGGGCAUGCCAUGGGCUACACAUAUGACCACGGCUGUGCGCACCGGCGGACCUGGGAUGAAAGGCAUCUCCGUCCUGGUCAUUCCCGCGAACUCAAAGGGCCUAACACACCGACGCAUACCCAACAGCGGACAAAAGGCAGGGGGUGCCAGCUUCGUCGAGAUGGACGACGUGUAUGUGCCCGUCGAGAAUCUCAUUGGCAAAGAGAACGAAGGCUUCCGCAUCAUUAUGACCAAUUUUAAUAAGGAGCGCUUCAUAAUGUCGGUGGGCUGUAACCGCAAGGCACGGACUUGUCUGUCGCUUUCCUUCGAAUAUGCCAACAAGCGACAUACCUUUGGCAAGCCUCUGAUCGCAAACCAAAUCAUUAGCCACAAGCUAGCAACAAUGGGACGCUACGUGGAGAGUCACUGGGCAUGGCUGGAGCAGCUCGCAUACCAUAUCCAGCAGUCGCCACUCGCCUGGCAGGACCCUGAGAUCGCAGGCCAAAUCGCUCUGUCGAAAGUCCAUGGUGGUCGCAUCCUCGAGAUGGCGAAUCGUGAAGCGCAACAGAUCUUUGGUGGUGCGGGCUAUCAGAGAGGCGGCACGGGAGCUGUCAUUGAGCAGAUGAGCCGCGAUCUCAGAAUGAUGGUCGUUGGCGGUGGCAGCGAAGAAAUCAUCGCGGAUCUAGCUGUGAGGCAAGAGACGGCGCUGGCAAAGAAGCGCGGCUGGAAGCUAUAG